AUGGCGCGGUGCCCAGCUCAUGUCGCUCUCUGCUCACUUGCUCUGCUCCUCCUGCUUCCAGCUGCGCGGUCGGCGACGUUCAUGAUGACCAACAACUGCGGCUACACGGUGUGGCCGGGGCUGCUGUCCGGCGCCGGCACGGCUCCGCUCUCCACGACGGGGUUCGCGCUGGCGCACGGCGCGUCCGCGACGGUGGACGCCCCCGCGAGCUGGUCGGGGCGGAUGUGGGCGCGCACGCUCUGCGCCACGGACGCCGCCACCGGCAAGUUUACUUGCGCCACGGGCGACUGUGGCUCGGGCAGUGUCCAGUGCAACGGCGCCGGCGCCGCUCCGCCCGCCACGCUGGCGGAGUUCACGCUUGAUGGCUCCGGCGGCCUGGACUUCUUCGACGUCAGCCUCGUGGACGGUUACAACAUCCCGAUGCUCAUUGUUCCGCAGGGCGCGGGCGGCAGCGGCGGCAAUGGGUCCGCUGACUCCGGCAAGUGCAUGGCCACCGGCUGCCUUGUGGAUCUCAAUGGUGCAUGCCCGGCCGAUUUGAGGGUCAUGGCCACGUCGACGUCCGGCGCCGGCGGGGCCGUGGCGUGCCGUAGCGCGUGUGAGGCGUUCGGGACGCCGCAGUACUGCUGCAGCGGCGCGUAUGGGAAUCCCAACACGUGCCGGCCGUCGACGUACUCGCAGUUCUUCAAGAACGCUUGCCCGCGCGCCUACAGCUACGCCUACGACGACUCCACCUCCACCUUCACGUGCGCCACCGGCAUCAGCUACGCCAUCACCUUCUGCCCGAGCACCACGAGCGGGAAGUACUCCGGCGAGAACCCGCAGGCCGCGGGCGUGCAGCCCACGAACGGCUCCAUGGCCUACCUCGGCGGCGAGCAGCUCGCCACCGGCGCCGCCUCCGUCAAGGCGGCCCGUGCGUCGCAGCUCCUCCUAGCCGCCCUCGCCGCCGUCGCGCUGCUCUGA